CACAGAGAGCCAGGGGAGAAAUAAAGAGUUAGAGAAAACGAAAAUAAACGUGAGCAGGAAGAUGACGAUGAAGAGCCGUUCCCAAUUUGUUCUUCUUCUCUGCUUGGUGGUGUUCUUCUUCUUGGAUUCUUCGUCGGCCGUCGGGAGACCUGCACUGGUAGGUGACUGGAGACCAAUCAAAGACUUGAACGAAACUCACGUCCAAGAGAUCGCUCAAUUCGCAGUUGAAGAGCACAACAAAGAGUACAAGACAGAGCUGAAGUACGAUCGUGUGGUUCAAGGUGAAUCCCAAGUUGUCGCUGGUGCUAAUUAUCGCCUCAUCAUCGCUGCCAAGGAUGGAGUCGUCUCCAACAAUUAUCAAGCCGUUGUUUAUGAAAGGCCAUGGGAGGGUUUCAAGAGUCUCACUUCCUUCAAGAAACUCUAGAUUCUAUACCAUUUGUAACCCCUUUUUUUUAUCUGUUUGUGUUUAUGCUUGAAAGAAAGAGACCUUUACCCCUUUUCUUUAUUUUCUUAAACCUACAAAACCCUGUCUCUCUCUCUCUCUCUGUUUCUCGCUUGCUUACUCUCUGUUUGUGAUUAUGUUUGAAAGAAAAAGAGGUCUCUUCCCCCAGUUUCUUGAUUCUCUAUAAUAUGAACUCCUCAUUUGCUGUUUAUUACUAA